GCCCCCUGGAGGGCCCGCCCCCUUGGAGGAGACCGGAAGCGCUCGUCCUGGCCCGGAAGCAGUGCUGACUCCGUACACGCGCGCUGCGGCAUGGCGGCCCACCGCCCUGGCCCGCUCAAGCAGCAGAAUAAAGCUCAUAAAGGCGGGCGGCAUCGGGGUCGGGGAUCUGCACAGCGGGACGGCAAGGGCCGUCUAGCACUGAAAACCCUAAGCAAGAAGGUGAGAAAAGAACUCAGCAGGGUCGACCAGAGGCAUCGCGCCAGCCAGCUCCGAAAGCAGAAGAAGGAGGCGGUUCUGGCAGAGAAGAGACAGCUGGGUGGCAAGGAUGGCCCUCCUCAUCAGGUACUGGUGGUGCCCCUGCACAGCAGAAUUUCCCUGCCAGAGGCCAUGCAGCUGCUUCAAGAUAGGGACACUGGAACAGUACACUUGAAUGAAUUGGGAAACACCCAGAGCUUUAUGCUGCUAUGCCCCCGCUUGAAACAUCGGUGGUUUUUCACAUCAGCAAGGCCAGGGGAUCUGCACAUUGUGUUAGACAUGGCUAAAGUAGCUGAUACCAUCCUGUUCCUCCUUGAUCCACUAGAAGGCUGGGACAGCACCGGCGAUUACUGUCUUUCCUGUCUCUUUGCUCAGGGCCUUCCGACCUAUACACUAGCUGUCCAGGGGAUUUCUGGCCUCCCACUGAAGAAACAAAUAGAUGCAAGGAAGAAGCUAAGUAAAGCAGUGGAGAAGCGCUUUCCGCAUGACAAACUCCUCUUGUUAGACACUCAACAGGAGGCAGGGAUGCUGCUUAGGCAGUUGGCUAACCAGAAGCAACAGCAUCUUGCUUUUCGAGAUCGGCGGGCCUACCUAUUUGCCCAUGCUGUUGAUUUUGUUCCUAGUGAAGAGAAUAACUUGGUGGGCACCUUGAAAAUUUCAGGCUAUGUUCGAGGGCAGACUCUGAAUGUCAAUAAGUUGCUGCAUAUUGUUGGACAUGGCGAUUUCCAGAUGAAACAGAUAGAUGCCCCCGGAGACCCUUUCCCUUUAAAUCCUAGAGGAAUUAAACCCCAAAAGGACCCAGACAUGGCAAUGGAGAUUUGUGCUAUGGAUACUGUAGAUGAUAUGGAAGAAGGCCUUAAGGUCCUAAUGAAGGCAGACCCUGAUAGACAGGAAUCCUUGCAAGCAGAGGUUAUCCCAGAUCCAAUGGAGGGAGAGCAAACCUGGCCCACUGAGGAGGAGCUGAGCGAGGCAAAGGAUUUCUUGAAGGAAAGUUCUAAGGUGGUAAAGAAGGUCCCUAAAGGAACAUCCAGUUACCAAGCUGAAUGGAUUUUGGAUGGUGGCAGCCAAAGUGGUGGGGAAGGAGAUGAAUAUGAAUAUGAUGAUAUGGAACAUGAGGAUUUUAUGGAGGAGGAAUCUCAGGAUGAGAGUAGUGAAGAAGAAGACGAAGAAUAUGAAACUAUGACUAUUGGGGAGUCUGUGCAUGAUGAUCUGUAUGAUAAGAAAGUAGAUGAAGAAGCUGAGGCAAAAAUGUUGGAGAAAUAUAAACAAGAAAGACUGGAAGAGAUGUUUCCAGAUGAAGUGGACACGCCCCGUGAUGUGGCUGCUAGAAUUCGAUUUCAGAAAUACAGAGGCCUUAAGAGCUUCCGGACAUCUCCGUGGGAUCCUAAGGAAAACCUUCCUCAAGAUUAUGCUCGGAUAUUUCAGUUUCAGAACUUUACUAAUACUAGGAAAAGCAUCUUUAAAGAGCUUGAAGAAAAAGAGGUUGAAGGAGCUGAGGUUGGCUGGUAUGUCAUACUUCAUGUCUCUGAAGUCCCCGUCUCAGUGGUCAAGUGCUUCAGGCAAGGAACGCCCUUGAUUGCAUUUUCGUUACUACCUCAUGAACAGAAGAUGUCAGUAUUGAAUAUGGUGGUGAGGCGUGACCCUGGCAACACUGAACCUGUGAAAGCCAAGGAAGAGCUCAUAUUCCACUGUGGAUUCAGGCGCUUCCGAGCCUCACCUUUAUUCUCUCAGCACACUGCAGCGGACAAACAUAAAUUGCAGAGAUUCUUGACUGCUGACAUGGCUCUGGUGGCGACAGUCUAUGCGCCAAUCACUUUUCCUCCUGCAUCUGUGCUGCUUUUCAAGCAGAAAAGCAACGGAAUGCACAGCCUCAUUGCUACAGGCCAUCUUAUGUCAGUAGAUCCAGACAGAAUGGUCAUCAAGAGAGUUGUUCUGAGUGGUCAUCCUUUCAAAAUUUUUACUAAGAUGGCAGUAGUCCGUUACAUGUUCUUCAACAGAGAGGAUGUGCUGUGGUUUAAACCAGUGGAACUGAGAACGAAGUGGGGCCGGAGAGGACACAUCAAGGAGCCUUUAGGUACGCAUGGCCACAUGAAAUGCAGCUUUGAUGGGAAGCUAAAAUCUCAAGACACAGUACUGAUGAACCUGUAUAAACGAGUUUUCCCCAAAUGGACUUAUGAUCCAUAUGUACCAGAACCAGUACCCUGGCUGAAAAGUGAGAUUUCUUCAACAGUGCCUCAAGGGGGCAUGGAGUAAUGGAUUCAAAGAGAUUCUGUCUUACCAGUGCCAGUCAAUACUCCAGGGAUGGGAGGCACAAGUUGUGAUUGGGCAAAGUUAAUUUUCUGUGUCAGCCUGUCAGUCCGCUGCCCCAUUUUGCAAGAUUUUUUUUUAGUCUUGACAAAAUGUCACAGUUAAGUAUAAAAGUUUUUCUACUACUUAGUCCAUAAAAACUAUUAAAUCUUAAUGAAAUA